CUGUUCAGUUGUCAUUUGCCCACGGUCGACGGUGAUGGACCUACAGCACUUAAGAUAUGUCAGUUGAGUUUGUCAUCAAACCGCACGCUCUGAACAAAGGCCCCAUCUACUGUUGAUUAUUUCUGCAUAAAUUUGUGAACAAACACCUGCGUUUUAGUGAAAGAUUCAAGGAAAUCAAAAGUGUUGUGAGCGCAUCAUAGGAUGCUCAUUUUCUAAUCACCUGAAAAAGGAGACAUUUUAAACUUUUAAUACAACAUAGGGAAAAUGAAGUUGUCAAGACGUAUUUUUCAGUUUGUUGUGUUGGUCUCUGUUUUGGGGUGGACUUUCGCUGCUUCGCCUUCUACCUGUUACAAAUGCAAACAUGGAGACACUUGUAAACCGCCUAAAUGUGUGUGCUGUGGAAAAGACAUGCCUCUUGAAAAAUCCAAAACACCCCAGAUGGUUUUUUUUACUUUCGAUGAUGCUGUAAAUACCUAUGUGGCCAGCUUUUAUAGAAAACUUUUUGACGCCAACCGUAGAAAUCCAAACGGUUGCCCGAUAUCAAUGACUUUAUUUAUUUCGCAUGCGAACACAGUGUAUUCAUUGGUAAGAGAAUUUUAUCAAAAAGGAUUCGAAAUUGCCUCUCAUAGUGUUACCCACAGUCAUCCAAGUAUGGAUACUUUCAAAACCGAAGCGGGAAAGCAAAAAGAAAACUUGGCUAAAAAAGCCCGGAUUCCAAAGUCUGAGAUCCAGGGGUGGAGAAGCCCGUUUUUAGAGCCAAUGGGAGAUGCACAACCAAAUAUCCUACAGGAGUUGGGAUAUGAAUAUGACGCUACGCUAACCAUUAGCAGACGAAAACAAUCGGAACAUGCCCCUCUACCAUUCACGCUUGACUAUGGAUGGCCAUAUGACUGUAAAAUCAACCCAUGUCCAAAAUCAGUGCACCGAGGGUUCUGGGAAGUUCCGGUCGUUUCCGUUACCGACUAUCUUGGAGAAUACGACUGCGUGUAUGUAGAUGGUUGUAACAAUCCCCCGCCUGACGAGGAAUCAGCUUACAACUUCCUGUGGGAAAACUUCAACAGUUACUACAAGACAAACAGGGCACCUUUCGGAAUUAACAUGCAUGCCGCAUGGUUUUAUGUUCCUGAAAGGUUAAAUGCAAUGGAUAGGUUUAUUCAGGAUUUAUUAAAGCUGGACGACGUAUACAUUGUCUCUGUAAAGCAAGUUAUUGCUUGGUUAAAAUCUCCAACUCCAUUGGAGGAGCUUAAAGACUUCCAACCAUGGUCUUGUGCAAAUCCUCGUGAUAGAGAUGCCCCAAAAUUGCACGCAAAGGGGUAUUUUGCCAAUGAUGAACCCAAGCGUAACAUGGUAAGAGCUCCAAGCGUACCAAGAUCGGAAAUCGCCCAUAAUGUUCAUGGUGCGCACACUCAUGAACAGAUAGUUCAUAGUGUGCACACUCAUGAACAGACACACAGAAGGACAAAUGCCCAUUCCUCAUAUCAGCCACGCGAUUCGCAUCCUCUACAAAGAUCACACAAUGUUCACCAUUCGGCGAAUAGACAUUCAAAUACAGCUCAGGCACAUCAGUCGUUAGGAAACUCCUACAUAUAUCAACGAAUGCUUCGUAGAAAGGCAUUAAGAGAAAAGAGCAGAACGACAACAACAACAUUGCCUCCACCUCCAGUUCGUCAAAAUCAUGCAGAUUUAAGCUUGUCGAUACCAACCCCACCAAAACAACUGAUACAACAAACCAAGCCAAGACAGCACCUGAACGCUUCGCCCAUAUACACAUGGCAGUCUUUUCUCACAAAUGUGGUGAACAAUGAGCCCAUGCAACAGAAGGCGGCAACAAAGCCAGAUCAAGGAACUCCUCUUGGCUUGAUCAACAGGUCCUCGCACUCUCAUAAUUCACAUUACGCGCACGGUCCUUUGGAAAGACACCACCAAACUCCGCCAAAGGUCCACGUCCCUCAGCUGGCGGGUAGCAACAAUCAAGAGAGGCACCAACACAAAUCUAGGGCAUAUAACUACGUGGAGACAACAACACAACAACCUUAUUUUUCAUUUGUUCAAUCGAACUCCAACUCAAUCGUUCCUAAAGUGGAAAAAAGUAAUCCCGUAUCACCUGUGACAACUACAAUUUCUCCAAGAUCUAGAGAUACAACGAGCAGUUUAAGAUUUGAAGGCCAGUUGGGUGAUGAGAAUAGGAAUGAAAAUUCCCCUUUUAUAUCAUCUGUAAGGGAAUGGAUUGAAACACAAAAGAAACAAGCUAAUGCAGGUUCUGGUCAAAGACAAAGCAAUGUUUUAUUUCAGUCAGCUGGAUUUCGAUCCCUCAACACCGAGCAAACAACACAGAGAAGUAAUGUUGAUCAAGACACAACCAUGGGACCAUCUACAACUCCAACCAGUCCACAGACGGUGAUGGAGAGUCCUUGCAAACAAGGAGUAAAUUGUAAACUCCCCGAGUGCUUCUGCAAAACUACCAAAUACCCAACAUCCAUGAACCCGCAGGAUAUACCGCAAAUUGUAUAUAUUACAAUUGAUGGACCUAUCAACUUCCUCACCUACUCAAAGAUGAAGACCUUGUUCAAAGAGAACAGACAAAAUCCCAAUGGAUGCCGAAUAGGGGCCACCUUCUUUGCCAAUGGAAGAGGAACCAGUUAUCGCUUGGCCAACAUAUUAAACAAUGAUGGUAUUGAAAUUGGAAUGAACGGACAACAAACGACCCCUUAUGAGUCCUCUGAGGGACUUCAAGCGGAUAUAAAUCAGCAAUCCGAUUACCUACGCACAUACGCCGGUAUAUCUGAAGAAAACAUCCAAGGAUGGAGAUCACCUCAACUUUCUGAAGAAAUGAAUUCCAACAUCAAUGUCUUACGUAAUAAAACCUUAUAUGAUUCAUCACUCGUUUUGAAAAACCAAACCGGUUUGAAUGAGGAUAAACCAUGGCCUUUCACGUUAGACUUUUUGAAUUGUGAACGAGAAAAUUGUUCUUCAAAAACAAGCGCUGGAAUUUGGGAAGUUCCUAUUAUUCCAAUGAAAGCACAGAGUGACGAGUCAUGUGCAUAUGCAGAUAAAUGCAGAGGUCCAAAGACAACACAGGAAACCGUUGAUUACUUGAUGAAAAACUUUAAUUCUUACUACGAAAGAAACAGGGCACCAUUUGGCAUUCAUAUAUCACGUGAUUGGUUUUACUGGUAUAACAACAGAAAUUUUGCAGGACUUUCAGACUUCAUAGACAAAUUAUUACAAAAGAAAGACGUUUACAUUGUACCAGUGUCCAAAUUAUUACAGUGGGUAAAAAAUCCAAUUUCCUUAUCGUCCGUUAAGUCAUUUGCAUCUUGGAGUUGUUAGAAAGUUAUUUCCUGGUGUGAAUGGGUUGUGUAUUUGAUUAUUUUAAUUUAUUAAGUUUUGCAUGCUGUUGUGAUUUUAAAAUAAAAGUUGAAAACCCUUUA